AGAGAAUUCAAGAGCAUCUAAGUCAAAACCAAAGAAGUCCUUGUCAAAAGUGAAGAAGUCUGCAUCUUCCUCUUCCUCCUCAUCUUCAUCUUCCUACUGUUCCUCUUCUUCUGGCUCCAGAUAUUAUGACCGUAUUGACCCUCCCAGAUUACACUCCUGAUCUCCAGAACUGCUCCAUCUCUAUGUCUGCCUACUCCUAUCUGCAUCCUGGCUCCUCACUGAAGUUUACAGUGUCAGUGGAGACUCAGGCUGCCUGCAGUGCCCUGCCCUCACCUGGCUAUCCCACACAAGUGACUCUGGCCCCUACUGGGCCUCAGUCCCUGGACCCUGGUCUCUCCCUCCUGAAGUCUUGGCUCUCCAUUCUGGACCAGGCUCCCCAGGGGUCCCUCAGCCGCUCACGGUUCUCUGCAUUCCUGGCCAACAUUUCUUCUUCCUUUGAGCCUGGGAGGAUGGGGGAGGGACCGGUGGGAGAGCCCCCACCUCUCCAGCCCCCUGCCCUCCGGCUCCAUGAUUUCUUAGUGACGCUGAGAGGCAGCCCAGACUGGGAGCCAAUGCUGGGGCUGCUGGGGGAUGUGCUGGCACUGCUGGGACAUGAGCAGACCCCCCGGGACUUCCUGGGGCACCAGGCAGGUGUGCUGAGUGGACUUGCAGAGGUGCUGCUGGGAGCCUUAGUUCCCGGGGGACCCCCUAGCCCUACCCGGCCCCCAUGCACCCGUGAUGGGCCCUCUGACUGCGUUCUGGCAGCUGACUGGUUGCCUUCUCUGCUGCUGUUGUUAGAGGGCACACGCUGGCAGGCCCUGGUGCAGGUGCAGCCCAGCGUGGACCUCGCCAAUGCCACAGGCCUCGAUGGGAGGGAGCCAGCCCCCCACCUUUUGCAGGGUCUGUUGGCUUUGCUCACCCCAGUGGGGGAGCUGGGCUCUGAGGAGGCUCUUUGGGGAGGUCUGCUGCGCACAGUGGGGGCCCCCCUCUAUGCUACCUUCCAGGAGGGGCUGCUCCGAGUCACUGACUCCCUGCAGGAUGAGGUCUUUUCCAUUCUGGGGCAACCAGAGCCUGAUGUCAAUGGGCAGUGCCAGGGAGGCAAUCUUCAGCAGCUGCUCUUGUGGGGCAUCCGGCACAAUCUCUCCUGGGAUGUGCGGGCAUUGGGCUUUCUGUCUGGAUCACCACCUCCACCCCCCGCGCUCCUCCAAUGCCUGAGCACAGCUGUGCCUCUGCCCAGGACUUCCCAGCCCUCAGCCCACAUCAGCCCUCGCCAGCGGCGGGCCAUCUCUCUGGAGGCCCUCUGCGAGAACUCCGCAGGCCCAGCACCGCACUACAGCAUUUCCAACUUCACCCUCUACGUGAUCUGCCAGCACAUUAAGCCUGUCUCCCCGCAGCCCCCUCCCAGCACUGCUGCCAUCUGUCAGACAGCUGUGUGGUAUGCAGUCUCAUGGGCACCAGGUGCCCAAGGCUGGCUCCAGGCCUGCCACGACCAGUUUCCUGAAGAGUUCCUGGAGGCAAUCUGUAGCGACCUCCCCUUUUCCACCCUGUCGUUUCCCAACCGCCGCUUGGUAAAGCGGCUCUGUGCGGGCCUGCUCCCACCCCCUACCAGCUGCCCUGAAGGCCUGCCCCCUGUCCCCGUCACCCCAGAGAUCUUCUGGGGCUGCUUCUUGGAGAACGAGACUCUGUGGGCUGAGCGGCUGUGUAGGGAGGCGAGCCUGCAGGCUGUGCCCCCCAGCAACCAGGCUUGGGUUCAGCAUGUGUGCCAGGGCCCCACCCCGGAUGUCACGGCCUCCCCACCCUGCCACAUUGGACCGUGUGGGGAACGCUGCCCAGAUGGGGGCAGCUUCCUGAUGAUGGUCUGUGCCAAUGACACCAUGUACGAGGCCCUGGUGCCCUCCUGGCCUUGGCUAGCAGGCCAGUGCAGGAUAAGCCGUGGGGGCAAUGAUACUUGCUUCUUGGAGGGGUUACUGGGCCCUCUUCUGCCCUCUCAGCCCCCACUGGGACCGUCCCCACUUUGCCUGGCCCCAGGCCCCUUCCUGCUUGGCAUGCUCUCCCAGCUGCCACGCUGUCAGUCCUCCGUGCCGGCCCCUGCGCACCCCACACGCCUACACUAUCUCCUGCGCCUGCUGACCUUCCUCCUGGGUCCAGGGGCCGGAGGGAAGGAGGCCCAGGGGAUGCUGGGUCAGGCCCUGAUGCUCUCCAGUCUCCCAGACAACUGCUCCUUCUGGGAUGCCUUCCGCCCCGAGGGCCGGCGCAGUGUGCUGCGGACAGUCGGGGAGUACCUGGAACAGGAGGAGCAGCCGGACCCCCUGGACUUUGACCCCACUGACAGCUCCAGCUCUGGUGUAAGCAAGAUGGAGCUGCUGGCCUGCUUCAGCCCUGUGCUGUGGGAUCUGCUCCAGAGGGAGAAGAGUGUUUGGGCCCUGCAGAUUCUAGUGCAGGCCUACCUGCACAUGCCGCCAGAAAAUCUCCAGCAGCUGGUGCUUUCAGCGGAGAGCGAGGCUGCUCAGGGCUUCCUGACGCUCAUACACCGUUCCUGGGCCCAGAUGCAGGUGCCACCAUCUGAGGAGCAGGCCCUGGGUCGUUUGACAGCCUUGCUGCUCCAGCGGUACCCGCGCCUCACCUCCCAGCUCUUCAUCGAUCUCUCACCACUCAUCCCCUUCUUGGCUGUCUCCGACCUGAUGCGCUUCCCACCAUCCCUGUUGGCCAAUGACAGUGUCCUGGCUGCCAUCCGGAAUUACAGCCCUGAAAUGAGGCCUGAACAGAAGGAGGCUCUGGCACGGCGACUGCUGGCCCCUGAGCUGUUUGGGGAAGUGCCCGCCUGGCCCCAGGAGCUGCUAUGGGCAGCGCUGCCCCUGCUCCCCCAUCUGCCUCUGGAGAACUUUCUGCAACUCAGCCCUCAUCAGAUCCAGGCCCUGGAGGAUAGCUGGCCAGCGGCAGGUCUUGGGCCAGGACACGCCCGACAUGUGCUGCGCAGCCUGGUGAACCAGAGUGUCCAGGAUGGAGAGGAGCAGGUGCGCAGGCUGGGGCCCCUCGCCUGUUUCCUGAGCCCUGAGGAGCUGCAGAGCCUGGUACCCUUGAACGAUCCAAUGGGGCCGGUAGAACAGGGGCUGCUGGAAUGUGCGGCCAACGGGACCCUCAGCCCACAAGGACGGGUAGCAUAUGAACUUCUGGGGGUGUUGCGCUCAUCUGGAGGAACUGUGCUGAGCCCCCAGGAGCUUCGAGUUUGGACCCCUCUCUUCCCUCAGCUGGGCCUCCGCUUCCUGCAGGAGCUGUCAGAGCCCCAGCUUAGAGCCAUGCUUCCUGCGCUGCAAGGAACCAGUGUCACACCUGCCCAGGCUGCCCUACUGCUUGAACGGCUCCUCCCUAGGCGUGACCUGUCCCUGGAGGAACUCUGCUCCUUGCACCCUCUGCUUCCAGGCCUCAGCUCCCAGACAUUCCAGGCCAUCCCUAGGCGAGUUCUGGUUGGGGCCUGUUCCUGCCUGGCCCCUGAACUGUCACGCCUCUCAGCCUGCCAGACCGCAGCACUGCUGCAGACCUUUCGGGUGAAAGAUGGAGUUAAAAACAUGGGUGCAACAGGUGCCAGUGCAGCUGUGUGUAUCCCUGGUCAGCCUAUCCCCACCACCUGGCCAGACUGCCUGCUGCCUCUGCUCCCACUAAAGCUGCUACAGCUGGACUCUGCUGCUCUUCUGGCUAACCGAAGGCGUUACCGGGAGCUGCCCUGGUCUGAGCAGCAGGCACAGUUUCUCUGGAAGAAGAUGCAGGUGUCCACCAACCUGACCCUCAGGGAUCUGCAGGUUCUGGGUACUCUGGCAGGGGGCAUGUCCUGUGAGUUUCUGCAGCAGAUCAACUCGAUGGCAGACUUCCUUGAAGUGGUACACAUGAUCUAUCAACUGCCCACUGGGGUUCGAGGGAGCCUGAGGACCUGUAUCUGGGCAGAGCUACAGAGGAGGAUGACAAUGCCAGAGCCAGAGCUGGCAACCCUGGGGCCAGGACUGAGUGGGCUGGACACCAAGCUACUCCUGGACUUACCGAUCCGGCUGAUGGACAGACUGUCCAGUGAAUCCAUUAUGUUGGUGGUGGAGCUGGUACGAGGCACUCCAGAGCAGCUGCUGGAACUGACCCCACCCCACCGGGCAGCCCUGGCAGAAAGGGCACUAGAAAACUUGGCUCCAAAGGAGACAACAGUGUCAAGGGAAGUGCUGGAGACAUUGGGUCCCUUGGUUGGAUUCCUGGGGAUAGAGAGCACACGACGGAUCCCCCUACAGAUCCUGCUGGCCCAUCUCAGUCAGCUGCAGGGCAUCUGCCUAGGAGAGCCAUUUGCCACAGAGCUGGGAUGGCUGCUGUUGCAGGAGCCUGUUCUUGGGAAACCAGAGUUAUGGAGCCAGGAUGAAGUCGAGCAAGCAGGACGCCUAGUAUUCACUCUGUCUCCCGAGGCUAUUUCCUUGAUCCCCAGGGAGGCCUUGGGCCCAGAGACCCUGGAGCGGCUCCUAGAAAAGCAGCAGAGCUGGGAGCAGAGCAGAGCUGGACAGCUGUGUGCAGGGCCACAGCUCACUGCCAAGAAAGCAGCCCUGGUAGCUGGGUUUGUGCGGCCCACCGCAGAGGAUCUCCCAGAACCUGUGCCAAAUUGUGCAGAUGUACGGGGAACAUUCCCAUCAGCCUGGUCUGCAACCCAGAUCGCAGAGAUGGAGCUUUUAGACUUUGAAGACUGCCUAGCACUGUUUGCAGAAGACCCAGGACUUGGGCCUGAGGAACUACGGGCAGCGAUGGGCAAAGCAAAACAAUUGUGGGGUCCCCCCGGGGGAUUCCGUCCUGAGCAGAUCCUGCAGCUGGGUCGGCUCUUAAUAGGUCUAGGAGAGAGGGAACUACAGGAGCUGAACCUGGUUGACUGGGGUGUGCUGAGCACCCUGGGGCAGAUAGAUGGCUGGAGCUCCAUCCAGCUCCGGGUUGUGGUCUCCAGUUUCCUGAAGCAGAGUGGUCGGCACGUGAGCCACCUGGACUUCCUCCACCUGACUGCACUGGGUUACACGCUCUGUGGACUUCGGCCAGAGGAGCUGCAGUAUAUCAACAGUUGGGAGUUUAGCCAAGCAGCUCUCUUCCUGGGCAACCUGCAUCUCCCAUGUUCUGAGGAGCAACUGGAGGUUCUGGCCCAGCUCCUUGUGCUGCCUGGUGGUUUUGGCCCAGUCAGUAACUGGGGGCCUGAGAUCUUCACCGAAAUUGGUACAAUAGCAGCUGGAAUCCCAGACCUGGCUAUUUCAGCACUGCUGCGAGGACAGAUCCAGGGCCUUACCCCUCUGGCCAUUUCUGUCAUCCCUCCUCCGAAAUUUGCUGUGGUGUUCAGCCCCACCCAGCUAUCUAGUCUCACCAGUGUUCAGGCUGUGGCUGUCACUCCUGAGCAAAUGGCCUUUCUGAGUCCUGAGCAGCGACGAGCAGUUGCAUGGGCCCAGUAUGAGGGGAAGGAGACCCCAGAACAGCAGGGUCGAAGCACAGCCUGGGGCCUCCAGGACUGGUCACAACCCUCCUGGGCCCUGGCAUUGACCAUCUACUUUCUUGGCAACCUGCUAUGAGCCUGUCUCUGCAGUUAAAGAGAGAGAUUGUUGGGAAAGACAUUUU